CUAGGUUCAAGGGGAGCCAGAUAGAUUGCCGGCGCGUUUCACUAUUUAUAGAGCCUCGAGUCUAUUUAGCAGACCGAUCUCAGUGCAGAUAUGUCCGGAGUCGCGACCGUCCAAAUCUCACACUCCCGCGCCGAAUUACGACGAAAAUUACGUCAAAACAUUGAAAAAUACGAAGUGAUCAAAUUUUGGUUUUACGGCUUGUUUUCAGUGCAAAUGUGAUUUGUGACAGUGAUUUUAAGUUAAGUGGUAGUAAUCGUUUGUGAUACGUGCGAAUAAAAGUACAAGGUUUUCUUAUAUUAUUUUCUGAGGCACUAAAAAUUGGUUGUGCUACCGUAAUAAUUUUGUAACCGUGCUAAUUACCAUAUUCAUAAACAAACGUGUGUAUGUUGAAAAACAAAAUUGACAUUGGAGUUAUUUACACGAGAAUGCCAAAGAAUAUCUGGAGAGAAGCCAAAAUGAGCAGCUGACUGUAAACAAACUAAAUAGUAUCGUAUAACUGAAUACCUAGCGAUACAUCACAACAGAACGCCGCCGAGCCGUAAUAGAUGCUAGGCCUAAUUCGAAGGGAAAACUUUUCCAAAUGGCGGAGAAAGGAAACUCGUCCGACAGUGACGGACCAAUAAUACAGGAUAACGUAAUACGAAUACAGCUCCGGAAACCGAGUCAUCGGAAAUGGGCGCUGAGGACGCAGAACAAGUCACCUGGAAUAAGAUUCCCGACAAUACAGCUAUUCGACUGCGAAGGAAACUUAUUAUUAGAAACUAAUGAUGAUAAUAUUUCGAUAAAAAGUUCAGAUUUUCAUGAACCCGCCCUGAAAUCGAGUCAAUCUUUGAAAGAAAAAGAUUACAGGCACAUCAUAAACAAAAAUUUGAUACGAAAACACAAUACUAUUUCCGGAGAGAAGGUUUACACGCGAGUCUUCAGGAAACCCGUGCAAGUGUCGGAAAAUAAUGUAGGAAAGUCCGUCGUAAACGAUAACAAUUCUUCUGAAAACAUUCCAAAUAUAUUCACAACAAUAAAUACUCCAUCGAGCAACAACUUGUUGAGUAGUCGAGAAUCCUCGCCUUUCGAGGGACAGAGCGAGAUAAGCAGCUACAAAAGUUCCGAUUACGAGAAUCACAAAUCAUCAGAAACGAAAAGUGAUGAGCAGAAUAGUGAAUCCAAUAUCGAAGAUUGCAAACAGUCAUACGUCUCAUCUGUGAACGAAUCGAAUUAUGCGUGGAAAGAAAACGAUAAACAGGGUAAUGUGUACUUAGGACUUCAAACAUCUCAAUCGUUCAAUAAUGAAUUGUUAUCUGCGAAUUUACACGAAAAUCGAAGCAAUAAUGUGUUACGUUCGAAAUCGGUCGCUCUGUAUAAGCCGCCACAAAAUAAAAUAUACUUCCUAAACACCUACUUAAAAAGCUUACAAGCCCGAAGGAGCUCUAAUGCUUCUAAUCCGGAUUGGUUGUCGAUACAUUUGCGCCAAACAAAAGAUCCGCAGGAGGACUCGUACAAUAGAUCCAAAAAUGUCGAAUCCCCCAAGGGCCGUUUGAAAGUAUCCAACAAUGUAUCUGAGGCGGAAUUCAACAAUUCGCCGUCCGAUGUUGCGGCAAAAUGUGAAAUGAGGAAGCGAUUAAAAAUGUACCGACGCGGCAUAUCUGAAAAUGAAUCGCGGUGUAAAAGUUCAAAUGGGUUUAAGAAGAGGCGACACUCGGUGAGCGGUGCGAUGAGUAUUACUCUCUCCUCCUCGUCGGAGAGUGUGGAUGAGGCUGAUGUUGUUCUAAACCGCUUAAAGAGAAGGAUCCGUAAGAAUAAAAUAAGGGAGAAACGAACUCGAACCGAUUUAAAUGGAUGUGGUGGAAACGGGAAGCGCAUCGGGGGCGCGUCCGAGGAUUGGCGCGAUGCGGGCGGCGGGACCCUCGUGAGGGCCCGCCUCACCAUGGGCUCCAACAUCAGCCAGCACUCGGUGAAAGGCCUGAAGGGGCGGCGCGCGCGUUCCAGCGGGGACCUCUGCAAUGGCGAAGCCAAGGAGACGGAGUCCUCGGUGUGCGGCUCCGUGGUGGGCGACGUCAUGGGCUGGAACCGCUCCCUGCCCAAUCACCUGGACGGAAACCGACAUCUAGCGGACUACAGCCGCGUCAACAAUAACUACGCCGAGUUUGGAACGUACCGCAGCCAGACCAAGGGUAGGGGGCUGCGCUACCGCGUCUCCAAGUCGGGUUCAAAUGCAGAACCAGUAUGGAAGCUCCAGGACCCGGGUUUCGACCAGGGCUACGGGUCGGAGAGGUCGCCGGAGGAGGACUACCUGCCGCCCAUCGUCCCUCCCAUAUCCCUGGAGCAGUACGAGCAGGAGCUAAGAGCGGUGUACCCCUUUAUCACUGAAGACAACACGUUCACAGUGGUUGUGGAGAAGGACGGGCGUGGUCUGGGGAUGUCGGUGUGCGGGGGCGGGGGGCUGGUGCGGAUCCGCCGCCUGUACCCGCCGCAGCCCGCCUGGCGUACCGGCCAGCUUGCGCCGAGGGACCUCCUGCUGUCCGCCAACAAUGUGCCAUUAGCGGGACUUAGUACUUACGAAGCCCUGGAAGUUCUGCGGACAGCAUCAGCGCGGGUGGAGCUGCGGGUGUGUCGCCCGCCCGCUGACGUGGUGGAGAGCGUCACGCCGCCCGAGCCGCCCACGCCGCCCGCUCGCACCCCGCACCCACCAGUUGACCCGCUCAACUGCCAUCCGCUGCAUGCCAGAUUAUCUCAAACCACCAGCAGUGCUACCACUUCGUCGUCGGAGGGCAGAGGGCGGAGGGAAGCGAGUCCGGAGCACCACGCGCGGCACGACCUGCGUCUACCGGGGCUAGAGCAACCUCUCCCGGUAUACAACAUACAGUAUGGGGACGAUGGUGCUUUGGAGUUCGACAUCGUUAUGACCAAGGUGAAUGGUUCCCUCGGAUUCACGCUGAGGAAGGAGGACCACAGUGCCUUAGGCCACUACGUGCGGGCGCUGGUUCGGGAACCCGCGCUCAGCGACGGCAGAAUACAGCCGGGAGACAGGAUAGUCGCAGUAAACGACACACCAAUGUCGAACAUGUCUCACGCGGAGGCGGUCGCGUUUCUCCGCGCGUGUGACUCGGAGGUGCGGCUGCGGCUGUACCGGGACCACGCCGCGACGCCUUUGUCACCCAUGUCGCCGAAGGACGAGGGCCCGACGGACUCCGAUGCGCCGUUGAACAGACCGAAACCACCGUUGAGGGCCGAAGCAGUAUCCAUGCUAUGUGACUUGGCGGCGAGACGGCUCACCCCCGACGCCGGGGACAGCCCCCGCUCCCCCUGCCUCUCCCCCCGCAAAUACCGCAAACUCACCAAGGACAACAACCACUAUGAAACACCUAAUGAUGCUCUCAACCCACUAGAAGUUGAUAUAAAACGAUCAACGUGCACACACUCGGAAGCGAAAACCGAGGUCGAAGACGCUAAGGUUGACACGAAAGCCGAACCGGCUCCAGAUAACCGAGCUGGUCAGGAGACGAAGCGGCAGCGUUCUAUUUCUAUCACGAGCCCCACGGCACCGCCCACAUGUAGAAAACAAAAGCUAAGCCUGACAGUGCCUCCACACGGCUACGAGCUGAACAACUUAGACAAUGACACGUUAGACGCACCGAACAUAUACCAGGAGGACAUAGCGCUGCAGAAGCUCAAGGAGCCGGCGUUCCCCAUAGACUCGGACGAGCCAGUGUCGAUGCCAGCGGAACUGUCCAGCGACGAGAGAUUUAAACACUCCAAUCCAGCGUACCAAAGUGCUGUACUACAUAGUUCGACUAGCGAGAGUGCUGAUAAAGAUGAUGGUUUAAAUUUAAAGAAAUGGAAAGGUGUCGCUCUAUCCCCAGACAACGAGCGUAAAGUGAAAACGCCCAUCGAAGAAAAACCAAAACCAGCAGAUAUAGAAGUACAAAAAGAAAACAUCAACCCGUCACCAGAAAAAGACACAAUAGAUGCUGAGCCUACGAUAGUGACAGUUGAGCUGAAUCGGGGCUGGAACAGCCGGCUGGGGUUCAGCGUGCAGAGCCACCCGGACUCCGGCCAGAGCUACAUCUCCGCGGUGUACAGCGACAGCGUCGCCGCCAGAGACGGCAGACUGCGCCGCGGUGACGUCAUACUACAGGUUAAUGAUGAGAACGUUACAUCCAUGAAGACGCCGGAAGUGAUCGACUUGCUGCGAAUACUGCGGGGAUCCAUCUGCAUCACCGUGCUACGGCCGCCUAAUCUACAAUGAACCUUUUAGACUACUAUUCAUUAUUAUAUCAUCUCAGCCUUAAGAGGAGUUAAAUUUCGUUUUAGGUAAUACUACUCAAGUAAUUUUUGGCCAAACUUGUAAAACCAUUUCAAGAACCUACUUCUGACUUCACAAGGCGUAAUGUUUUCAGCUGACUUCACAAGGCGUAAUGUUGCCAGACAAGUUUUCCUUGAAGUUCAUAUUUUGAAAUCGCGUUAGGUGAACGAUAGUUUUAAUCAGCAACAUUUAUUUAAUUUAAAUAACAUUAAUUAAACUAAGACGUAAUGGGUCUAUUUUAUAUUAAUGUACCACUUUUUCAAAUCGCAGUAACACGCAAAAAUCGCACCUCAACUUCGUCACAUUUAGGUAAGAAAUUAGAAAAGCAAAUUGUAGAGAAAGCAAAUUAUCAUACUUCUGUAUAAAAACAUUACGAUGUGUGAACUAAUAAUAUUAUAUGAAUCGCCAAUUAGGAUUGGUGAAAAAUUAAAUAGAUUUGCAGUUGGUGAAAAAUUAAAUCGUUUCACACUUUCAUGAUUAAGUACUUAUGGAGCUACUUAGUGACUUGUAUUCUCCGUCAACUUCAUUAAAUGAAUACUUAAGUAAUCAAUAAAAUGUCUCUUGAUGCGGUCGUUAGAUAUUAAAGCGGAAAUUGAAGUUGAUUUCAUCAACCGCAGCAACGAACUCGCAGAAAUCGACUGCGUCACUAUUAUACAGUAGAAAUUGUAAGCAGUAGACAAAAAUAUCAUUCCAAGAUUUGUUGUUGUAGAUAGAGUUAUCUGUAGUUAUCGUAAAUUGUAAAAAGACUUAACUAGAAUCAAAAGUUUAAUGUAAAAUUUAGAACGACAAGCGUUAACAGAAUCAGGCGCGAAUAACUGAACUCCUUAAAGUAUAUUUUAAUGUUGGCCAACCUGCUUAAGCAAUGAAAAUUGAAAACAAUAAUAGUAACACGCAUAUGUUUAUAUAUUUCUGUCUGUAUGUAACUUGUGACUUGUUUAGUUCCUAAACGUAUUUAGACACAAUUAAUAGCAAAUGUUUUAUAUAGGAUUUAUAGGACUUACGCUCAGCGAUCUGACUUUGACGUAAGUCGUUGGGUAGGGACUUUUAAAAAUAUAUAACUUUGUAAUCACGCAAAAGACAUGCAAAUAGAUAAUAUUGCUCGUGACUAAAAUGUAUGUCUUGGACGACAAUCUUGUCGUACAAGUUCACAUUUCAAUAAAAGUUAGAUUAAAUGAACACUUUAGGGAGCAUGGGACACAUUACUUAGUACUUAGACAGAAUAAGGCGU